AUGAAUCGAUUCCUAAUAGUCGUUCUUUUGAUACACCUCGCUUCAUCGAACUCAUUUAACGAGCUGCCAAAAUUUCUCACAAAGGUCGGUCUUUCGGGAAAAAAUAAAUUCCAUCUUGAUUUUAAAAUUUAAAAAAGCUGAUUGAAAAAACUCAAAAAAGCGAGUAAAAUUCAAGAAGUCGUGUACUUUCGAAGGCGAUGGAUGCAAUUGCAUCGUACGAGUUCGUGGAGAAUGCUGCUGCAAAGGACGGAAAAUCGUCGAGUUGCCCUCCAACCUGACCACCACGAUGCGCGCCUUGUCCGUAUCUCUGUAUCUCAUAUGUCUCCAAAUGCAUUUUACAGGUUCAUGUACAACACGAGUAUAACAGAAGUAACCAACGACUUCUUUUCAAGAUAUUUAAGGCUUGAAGAACUGUUAGUUCAAACGCUCUUCAUUUAAUGAGCCAAACAUCUUUUUCACAGAGAAAUAGACGAUUCGGCGGCUUUGGAGCAUUUCGAUUCAUCUUGUCUCGCUAACCUGACGAAUCUUCGCAAAUUGUUUGUUCUCACUGUUAUUGCUGGAACAUCGGCUUUCAGAUCCAUCACAAAGUGCCGCUCAUUGCGUGAAAUAUCAGGCAAACUGUUAAUGAACAAUGCCAAACUACAGUCAGUGUAAGACAGCUUCGAUUCUCUCUAGUAGAACUACAUUUUAAAGUUAAAAAAAGUUUUUUUAUUAUUUUUUUAAUUAAAUAAAUUGCAUAUGAAUUUUUCCUGUGUCCCUGAAGUUCGUUCGACCCUUGGCGAGGUUCGAAAUUUUUUUGUUAAGCAAAAAAACUGAAAACUAUGCGAUUUUUGCAGUUAAAUUGUGAGAACGUUAAAUGUAAUUUAAAACCAAGAAAAGAUUUUAUUUUUGAUUUCAGAAUUCUGCGAAACAACGGACUUCACACGAUUCCGUCUUUGCGGAUGACUGAGGCUCACAAGUUGGAGGUCGACAUCGACUUGUCAGGCAACCAAGUUUUUUUUGACCAAUUCACGUCAAUAUCUUCGGGCUCAGAUCAAGUUUAUCGGCAACAACAAGGUUCGGGAAGUUCGUGCGCGCACGCUCAAGCUCAACAACAACAAGAUACUCGAGAUAGAGGGCUACGCAUUCAACGGAAGCAGUUUCGUUAAGCUGUUUAUAAAUUGGAUUUAAAGAUUGAAACCUUUUGGAACAUUUUUCAGUGCUAUUGACAAUAACCUUGACUUGAGCGACCUAUCCAUGGAUGCUUUCAAAAAUGUCAAGGAGCUCCAUCAUCUGCGAGUUUUUCUUUUUAAAUCUACUUUUGUUCAUUAUCUUACUCUCGAAUUUUUCAGAGACUUGUCCUUCACGUCUAUUAACGUACUUCCCAUUAAUGGGUUAAAAAAUCUGAAAACACUGAAACUGAAGAACGUACCAACUUUAAAGGUAUAUCGUUAUUAUCAAGAAAAGCCAAAAGUUGAUUUUAGAGAAUUCCUUCGGUUCUUUCUUUUACAAAGUUGGAAACAGCUCAUUUCACGUAUCCCCAUCAUUGUUGUUUAUUUAAUGUGAUACUUCAAAUUAUCAUUGAGCUAUUUCCUCGUUUCAGUAUGUUGAUGACGUCGUUGUCAACGAGAAUGGAAAGUUUCAAAAAAACGCCAAGGAAAUCCACAAAAGAAUUUGUGCGGAAAAAAGAACUGCGGGAAGGCAAAAAAGACGUAUUGCGGUUAGCAGAAAGUGGUGAAAACAAAAUAUAUUCGAAAUUAAAGGAAAGAGAUGCACUAUCUUCGGGCUUUUUGAAAGAAUUCUUUGAUGAAUGGAUGCAAGAACUUGAAGGAUCUGGGACUGAUAUUGGCGUCGACUACGGUAGCGAUCUCCCACGUGAGUCUCAUAUUGAAAAUCCCAAUUAUGACAAAAUUCCUUCAGCAUUCUCUCAAAUCGGAGCUGACACAUGUGAUUCGGUGGUUGAAGAAGUGAGAAGUUACUAUAAAAAUAUUACGUGUUAUCCAAGUCCCCACGCACUCAAUCCUUGCGAGAACAUCGUCGGGUUCGACAGAUUCAUACUGCAGACAAACUAAUUUUCUUUAGUUAUUCUCUUCUCCGCAUCGCUAUUUGGGUGGUGUGGGUGAUGGCAAUCGCAGGAAACGUAGCCGUUUUAGUCAUUCUCGGGCUGGCCUAUGAACGACGCAUGAAAGUUCACUAUAUGUAUAUGAUCAACAUGGCAGUCGCUGAUAUGAUCACAGGUAGACCUUCACAGAUUGAAAAAGUACAUAAAAUAAGAAGAUUCAAAAUAAAACUUAGAAAUACUUAGUGACGUUCAAAGAGUUCGUUUAGGAGUCUACUUGGCUUGUCUGGCGAUUCAAGACGCUCGGACUUCAGAUGAGUACUACCGGCAUGCGGUGAGCUGGCAGACAGGUUGGGGCUGCAAAGCUGCAGGAUCCCUCGCAGUAUUCGCUGCCGAGUUGGGGAUUAUCUCCAUGUUCCUGAUCGCCUUCGAGAUGUCCUACAACACACGGAAAGCCUUCCUUGGAAAAAAGCUCUCCCCGAGGGUCGCCGUCUUCUUGAUGCUGAUCGGCUGGCUUUUCGCCCUUCUCAUGGCUUUUCUGCCUUGGGUUGGCGUUUCAUCAUACUCCACCAGCAGUAUUUGUCUCCCACUACGAGCGGAGACAGUUUUUGAUAAAGUACGGUUUGCUAAUUUAAGUUCUUUCCAAAACUAUGGAAUUCAGGCUUACCUGAUUUUUGGUCUAAUUUUCAACCUAUCCUCUUUCAUAGCCAUGGCUUUGUGCUACGGCUUCAUUGUUAAAAUGCUAAAGGAAAACAAAACUCGAGAAGAAGAUAAAGCACUUAUCAUGAAAAUGGCUCUGCUGGUCUGUACCAAUCUCGUUUGCUGGUUCCCAACUCUUUUCUUUGGUUUUCGCUCUUUUUUUUAUUUGAAUACGCACAUGAUUUUAAGGUCUCACUGCUUCAAUGGGAAUACCUCUAAUUUCAUUGAGCAACGCCAAGAUACUUCUUGUCUUUUUCUUUCCGAUCAAUUCGUUUGCCAACCCUUUCCUCUACGUGUUCUUUACCGAGGUUUCAAAUCAGCCCAAGCUUGAAAAAUAUUUCUGAAACUUUGGGUGAUUCAAAGGCGGGUGAAAAGCAAAACAAUUCCUGUACUCCGAAGGAUAACUACGACCGGAAGAAGCCUUAAGUUCAAUUUUGCUCAGAUUAAAAAUAAAUCCUGCCCAUUUUUCAGCACACUAUCGAACUUCUAUAACUCACAGCCACCUGGACCUUCAAAAAAAGAAGAAGCGAGUAAUAGGCUGACGGUCACCCAGGUACAGGUAGACGAGAAUAUCCUUCGACAACGAAAGAAUAUGUGGAAGCCAUUUUUUGCCUUUUAGACAACUUCCCUUAACAGCACGCCAAGAGGAUCCAAUUGUUCUUCACAUCGUACUAGUGAUGCUCUUUUCGCUGAUUGUGACCCUAACAAACGUUCUAGGCAAGUUUUCUCUAUCAAAUGAACCUUUGGAAAGCUAUUAAAGCUGUUAUGUUCCAGUUCUUCGCCGCGAGUCUCUUUUCAAUGUGAUGCAUCGACAUCUCCCCCAACCCCUCAGUCUGAACGAGGAAAACGAUUCUCUUUUUUGAAGCGCCUUGUUUCUGAAGCGCCAGAAGUAAAAAAAAAAUUCUGUUCGAUUAUUAUUUCAUUGGUUUUUCAGGUUUCUGACUUAUCGGAACAUUCUAGCGAGAGUCACCAUGAACACGUCCCUACUCCACGGAACAGAGUGCAUACCAAAAAAAUGAAAAUGAAAACUAAAUAACCAAUGUCUUUCAAGAUGCGCUUCUUCCCUAACAGAACUUCGGCACGACAUCGCGACGAAUCGCACAGAAGCAAUGGACAAGACUCCGGUCGGGGUAGCCUCGCCUCAUCCGUCGAUCCGGUAAGACUUCUUCUAGUCCUACGUAUCACCAACAGCGUCGUUUGAUAGAACAACGAGAGAUCGUCUUUGGUAAGCGCUCAGGAAGGUCCAGCGUCGCCGCCACAGCCGAUUCUAACAGCAAAUGCCCCUCCGAUUGUGCUCCCUUUUUCUGCAGGCGCCAUCAGGAACCAGCUGAUUUUCCAGCCCAAACGACCGGAUGCAAAAGAGUUCGACCGGCGACGCUCAGCUCCUGCUAUUCCGUUGCUCGUUGUUUCCGAGUGCUCCAAUGAAGAGUGA